AAAAAAAAAAAAAGAAGAAGAACACGAGCUAUCUCCGCCUCAUUCAUGCAUCUAUCACGACACGCUGGACGAACGCGAGGGCGUUCGAUAUAGGAGAAAAACAGAGGUUGCACGUGGUGCGCGAAUGCUCGUACCUGUUCACGUUCCGUUUCUUCUCGCCCCUACCCACGGCUCCUUUUCUGCCUACCAUGACUAACGCAGGCCCGAUCGAGAAAGCUCGAGUCGUGGUAUAAAAGUGAACGAGCCUCGCCGCGUUCUCGCUAGUACGUUUUACGCGCCCGAGCUGGAACGAACAACUCCUCUGUCUCUUCUCUUCCCUUCAGAACGGAGCUCUCCUCCUCUCGCCUCGUUACUUCUCUUUCAAUCCUUCACCAGCGGAAAGUGAAGUGACCGCUUAGAAGUUACAUUUAAAUUUCAACAGUUUCGAAGAUCCUCUUUCGAGGAAAACUGAGAGUUUAGAGGACGACAAGCGGGAGAGAAGCGCUUUUAUAAGUUGAUAAUAAGUUGAAAGGGCUGUGAGACAGGAGUGAAGCAGAAGAAAAAUGCCCGUUGAAUUGGAACCAGUUGCACCGGUCACACACAACUCGUGUUCACCUUGCAAUGGAGAGAAGAAGAUGAACAAGCUGUGCAGGCAGGUGUCGAUCGACAGCCCGAGCGUGACGGGUCGUGAAUGGGUGUUCAGCUUCGACGUUCCGGUUCCGGACGUGCCGGCUCACGGUGCCCGGAUCCGUGUGAUGUGCGCGGGUGCUUGUUACCAUCCUCGUCGUUCGCCAAGCCUGUCCAGCCUAACCUCCGUGUCCAGCGGAAGCAGCUUGGCCACGGAAGUCUCUCUGGAGGGUGACUUCCCGGUGUCGUUGCCCCACCACGGAGUCCGCGACGCGGCCCUGUUCCCCGGCUACGAAGUCGCAGGAGUGAUCGAGUCACUCGGGGCGAACGUUCCCGAAGAUUGCGGGUACACGGUCGGUGAUCGAGUGAUCCUCUAUCCUUACGAGGGCAUACCGAACGGAUACGUUGAGUACCUGGUCGUUCACGAUCUCAAGUAUCUCAUCAAAAUACCUGACAACGUUAGCCUCAGCGUGGCGGCCAUGUUGCCAGCCGGCGCUCUCUUAGCCAUGAACACCGUUUUCGCUGCCCACGAGCACGUGCAAGCGCUGCUGAAGCAGAGAGGCGAGAAGAGCGUCUGCAAGAUCUUGAUCGUUGGUACCGGCGGUUUGGCACUCUGGGCGCUCAGGAUCGCGGCCUAUCACUUCAGCAACAUGAAGGACAGGGUCACCAUCACGAUUGCCUCGUUGAAAGACGAUGGGCUGACUAUGGCGCAAGAAUUCCAACGGGUGAACGUGGUACAAUGGAGCGAGGAUCUGUACGAGAAACAGCUGAUCGAGCGGACGAUGGACGCGUGUCAAGGUCACGUGGACGUGGUGAUCGAUUUCGGGACGACGUCGCGCAGCCUUCACCGGAGCAUGCAGUGCCUGAGCAAGGGAGGAGUGGUGUUCGUGAUCAAGGAAGUGGCCGAUCGAUUGCUGCCGAAGUUCAGCAGACGGGCGGAGGAAUGGCAGCAGAGUAUCAAGCCGGUGGAGCCCGGCACUUUGGAGCAACUGCGUGAGUUGGUCGAACUGGUGGCCUCCGGCGAGAUCGAGCCACCGCCGCACACUGUUUACCCCGCAGAGGAGGUCCUCGACGUGGUGCGCAAGCUGUGCCACUCCGAGAUACAGGGUCGCGCGAUCCUGCGUUUCUAUCCAGCGGACUAAAGGACUUCUCACACCGGGCUACGACAUCCUGUGCCGCGCGGAUCGGCACGAAAGAAAGAAGCGAAUUGACUGAGGAAGAAGAGACCGGGAGAGAAGAGACGAUCGAGGGCCGGAUCAACUUCGGUUAGAUUAGGUAUCGGAGGCCGAGUUGAACAUCGCUGAGCACAACACACGUGCGAUGCACACGUCGGGACACGGAAGAAUCGUCGAGAGCACGAAGUCAAAUUUUACGAAGCUUUUCCGUACAUGCGAGAUGCAAAGGGAGCGCAACAAGAGUAGUUCUUUUACGGAGAAUUAGCGUUAGAUGGCGUUGAAUGAUUAUUAAUCCUUGGACGAAGAGGAGUUUUUAGAUCGAUGCACCGCGUAUAUCACUGCGUAUAUUUAUCAACGAUAUGUAUCCUACGACGACGAUUAUCUUUGAUUCGUGUCACACGCGUAGAUUGUACGCUCUGUUACCGAUAAGAGCAACACUUGACUCGCGUCUUUCGUUUUUUUUUUUCGAUCGGUCGUUUGAUCACGCUUCCGAGGAACUUGUUGGAAAAUCGUAUUGUCGUAAAGUAGCAAAGAGGUAUUCGAGAAACGACGAUGUAAACGUAUACGGGAUACAUAUAUAUCACAGAGAGAAAGUUCGAGCGUUGAAUCGGAUAUAUACCGUUAUCGCGCAUGGGACUUCCCGUGGUUCUUUCGCUAUUGCUUUCACUUGACAACGUUUCAUUUUCGACUCGAGACUUUUGACAGCCUGACAAACAAUUGUGAAACAAUGUUUUAAUACGAGAUAUUUUUAACGUUCGAGUUUGUUGGAUUCGACUGAUUUGUGACCACGUGAAUACAACGUAAUUAUGCAGUGAAAUAUGUAUGUAUAUUGGGGAGAACGUUUCUGAAUACCUUACCCUAACUAUUGGACAAAGUUGUCGAUUAAUGACAACUGACUAAGUUAAGCCUCGGAUUUAGAUUUUAAUCUUACUUGGGUGUAAGAAACGAACAAACAUAAUGUAUAAGUUCGAUGUAUCAGAAGACGAUUAAUGGUACUGGUUAAAUAUUUAACGUCAAUUGAAUCGUAAUGAUCGUUAUGGUUUCGAGUUUUUAAUGUGUAACACCGGCCUGCAAUUGUUCAUCGAGCACCUCGAAGACGGAAGUACUCACAUUCAGAGCAGAGACUUUUCAAUGUGCACUCGGAAUAUAUUCGAUAUAACCAAAACGUGUGGAGUGACAACACAUUCUCCUAACAUCGUUAGGUGACGAACAAAUAAAGAAUCAUAUCUGCCGGCGGUUUUACAAAACGGAACUGUAAUUCACGCGAGAAGAAACGUUGCUUCACAACUAUUAAACUAGUAGAUUUGGUAAACGUUUUGCGUUUAACGAAUAACAUAACAUUUAUAAGACACGAUAUAUUGUCUCGUAAUCGGCACACGAGAAUUAUCUUCGUUGAAACGUGUUGUCGCAUUUCGGGGGGCAUUUUCGCGAGAAUUAUCCUUAGGCAUCAGUAUUUCUUUCUCACGUAGCGCAAUUUAGGGUUAAGUUGAUCGUUUUGUGCCGGAUACAAAAGAAAUAAUGAACCAUGUAUGCAACGUCGCAGUAACGUCGCUGUAUCUUGAAAGACUGUUCUCUUUAUUUAAGCGUAAUUAACUCUCGCCCUUUUUAUUUCUGUUCUUUUAUUUUUUUUUUUCUGUUUUUUUAAUUUUUCAUCGUAAACUUAGGUGAUAAUUUAACGGUGUGUAUACGCGUUAUCACACGUUAUUAUACCGAUUGUUCAUUGUGACAGUAAUUGUAUUAUAUUAUGGUAAUAAUAAUACAACAGAUUUAUUAAAAAUAAUUCAACCACCUGCCUCUUGUAUUUCAUGAAGCACCUUCGACAAUAGAUCCUUGGUUUUCUUUCUGUACAUUCUAUGGUGCUCCUAUCCACUGGUCUAUCGAAUGGUUGAUUGAUUGAAAUCAAUAAAACUUGUUAAUCCAUCGAAAGUGGGUUAAGCAGUUUUAAUUCAAGAUUUUAAUUCACAGUCAUAAAAGCGAAUAUACCCCAAGGACGUGCUGCUAUCCUAUUAAACUGCACUUUGCUUUUUAAACUGUCGUCUGUUUCCUUCUGUCCAGUUAACUCAUUGCCCUUGAUUGUAAUAAAUUGUCAUGUAGGCCGUGCAUUAGAUCAUCUUUUUAAUUCGCAUAAGACUAUCAUUAUACAAAUUAUGCGGGAUCAUUAUGUAAGGAGUUCAUUAUUUAUAUAACUAGUACAUAUCAGUACUUAGUUUGUGUUUGAAUAAUCAAUUUAUCCUAUUAUCCUGCUUCUUUCUUUGAUGCCUUCUGCCAAUACCAUUGAUUUAUCGGUUAUUAUUUAUAAAACUGACAACUCCUAUGUUCUCU